GGCAAUAAAGAGAUCGAACUGCUUCCAUAAAAGUCACGGUAAAAACCCGUGUCACAUGUCGAGCAACGGUUAUAUGAUAACAUUUGGAAUCAUAGAGGUGUUAUUUUCCCAGAUUCCAGACUUUGAUCAAAUAUGGUGGCUCUCAAUUGUUGCAGCUGUUAUGUCAUUCACAUACUCCACUGUUGGUCUUGCUCUAGGCAUUGCCAAAGUUGCAGAAAAUGGAAGCAUCAAAGGAAGCCUGACGGGCAUCAGCAUCGGAAUGAUAACGCAUGCCGGAACAGUUACAUCUACACAGAAGAUGUGGAGGAGUUUGCAGGCUCUUGGAGCAAUUGCUUUUGCAUACUCUUUCUCAAUCAUCCUUAUUGAAAUUCAGGACACAAUAAAAUCUCCUCCAGCAGAGCACAAGACCAUGAAGAAGGCAACUUUACUGAGCAUCACUGUCACAACUGUGUUCUAUUUACUAUGUGGAUGCAUGGGCUAUGCUGCUUUUGGGGAUGAAGCUCCUGGAAAUCUUCUCACUGGAUUUGGAUUUUACAACCCUUAUUGGUUACUUGACAUAGCUAAUAUUGCUAUUGUUGUCCAUCUUGUUGGUGCAUAUCAGGUCUAUUGCCAGCCCUUGUUUGCAUUCGUGGAGAAAUGGAGUGCAAAGAGGUGGUCAAAGAGUGACUUUGUGACUGCAGAAUAUGACAUACCAAUCCCAUUCUGUGGCGUUUACCAAAUAAAUUUCUUCCGUUUAGUGUGGAGGACCAUUUUUGUGGCUCUGACAACUCUCAUAGCCAUGCUCAUGCCUUUCUUCAACGACGUUGUUGGGAUCCUUGGAGCCUUUGGAUUUUGGCCACUUACAGUGUACUUCCCUACAGAGAUGUAUAUUGCUCAGAAGAAGAUCGGACGAUGGACAAGCCGGUGGCUUGGACUUCAGAUUCUAAGCAUGGUUUGCCUGUUUAUCUCCAUUGCGGCGGCUGUCGGUUCUGUGGCUGGUGUUGUACUGGAUCUCAAGACUUACAAGCCCUUCAAAACUUCUUAUUGA